AUGGAGAACCACACUUUAAAUACAGAUGUUCUGCUCCUGGAGGGGUUAAAGGUCACCCCCCAGUCCUCUCUUCCAGCCUUCAUCCUCCUCCUCCUCAUCUACAUCUUCAUCAUGGUGUCCAACAUCGGCCUGGCGGUCCUGAUCUUAACGGAGAGGAGCCUUCAUGAGCCCAUGUACCUGCUCUUCUGCAACAUGAGUAUUAAUGAUGCGUUCGGGGCGACGACCAUCAUCCCUCGCUUGUUAAGUGACGUUUUUAUUCCAAUCACAGACCGGUACAUUCAUUACAUCGUCUGUGUCGUUCAGGCUUUUUGUGCUCACUUUAAUGCGAGCGCCACUCACACUGUGCUCAUGAUUAUGGCCUUCGAUCGCUACGUAGCCAUCUGUAACCCGCUGCGAUACGCCACCAUCAUGACCAACAGGAUGGUGGUGAAGCUAUCUGUGUCGGCCUGGGGGGUAUCUUUAUUGAUGGUGGUGAUCCUCGUGGGCCUCAGCGUCCGCCUGUCACGCUGCAGGUGGGCUAUAGUUAACCCGUUCUGCGACAACGCCUCCUUGUUCAAGCUGUCCUGUGAAAGUGUCCUCAUCAAUAAUAUCUACGGUCUCGGCUACACGGUGGUCCUGCUGGGUUCCUCCAUCGGCAGCGUAACUCUCACCUACCUGAAGAUCGCCAUAGUGUGUUUGAGCAGUAAGAACAAGGCGCUGAACAGCCGGGCACUGCAGACCUGCGCCACCCACCUGGCUAUGUACGUCAUCAUGUUUGUGUCAGGCUGCAUCGUCAUCAUCCUCCAUCGUUUCCCUCACUUAUCAGACCACAGGAAGCUGGCGUCCAUCUUGUUCCACGUGGUUCCUCCAGCCAUGAAUGCCAUUAUCUACGGACUGCAAAUCAAAGCCAUCAGACAGAAAAUUUUCAUAAUGUUUACCAGGAAUACAUGA